CUCCAUCAUCCUCAUGUCGUUCAAUUGGUUUUUUUUUCUUGUAUCAUCAUCAUCAGCUCAAUACUCACAUUUUAUCUUUACAUCUUCAUCCCUCUCCACUCAUUUUCCUGGUGGCUGAUGGUCUUGAAUCCUACCCCUUGAUCCCCGAACUACUCACACCUCUUUUUAUCCUACAACCACUUUACCACACAUACAGAUUCUCUGUCGCACAGCAUCAUGACUCAAUCGCAAGAGAAGUAUGAUAUCGUCAUCGUGGGCGCUGGCCCCGUUGGCAUUCUCUUGUCGCUGUGCAUGUCUCGUUGGGGCUACAAGGUUAAGCACAUCGAUAACCGUCCCGUACCCACCGCCACUGGCCGCGCCGACGGAAUCCAGCCCCGCUCGACUGAGAUCCUCCGCAACCUGGGCUUGAAGCGCCAGAUUAUGGCCUAUGAGCCCGCCAAGGUCUACGAUGUCGCUUUCUGGGAUCCUCUCCCCGGCGACCAAGGAAUCCACCGCACUGGAAGCUGGCCCAGCUGCCCGCGCUUCAUCGACACCAGAUACCCGUUCACCACCCUCGUCCACCAGGGUAAGAUCGAGCGCGUCUUCCUCGACGAGAUCCAGAAGGCUGGUACCACCGUUGAUAGACCCUGGACCAUCGUUGGCUUCAAGAACGACGGUCUGGACGAGACCUACCCCGUCGAGGUCCAGCUGAAGUGCAUCGACACCAAUGUCAUCAAGACCGUCCGCAGCAAGUACCUCUUCAGUGGUGAAGGUGCUCGCAGCUUUGUUAGACAGGAGCUGGGCAUCCAGAUCCACCACAAGGAUCCUAUCUCUUACGUCUGGGGUGUCAUGGAUGGUGUCGUGAGAACUAACUUCCCUGACAUCGAGACCAAGUGCACAAUCCACUCCGAUGCCGGUUCUAUCAUGGUUAUCCCCCGUGAAGACAACAUGGUUCGCCUCUACGUCCAGAUCGCCUCGUCGACCGAUCCCGAUUUCAACCCCCGCAAGACUGCCACCGCCGAGGAAGUGCAGGAGACCGCGAAGAAGAUCUUGAAGCCCUACUGGGUGGAGUGGGACCGCGUGGAAUGGUACUCUGUCUACCCUAUCGGUCAGGGUAUCUCGGAACGGUACACCUUGGACGAGCGGGUGUUUAUGGGCGGCGAUGCCUGCCACACUCACAGCCCCAAGGCCGGCCAGGGCAUGAACACGGCCUUCCACGAUGCGCUUAACAUGGCUUGGAAGAUCCACGCCGUUGAGUCCGGACUGGCUAAGCGCGAGAUCCUCAAGACGUAUGAGAGCGAGCGCAAGGACAUCGCCGAGACUCUCCUGAGCUUCGAUAACAAGUACGCUGCCUUGUUCUCCAAGCGUCGCCCUACUGCCGGCGAAGUCGGCGAGGCCAGCCACAACGCCGCUGCGGCCAAUGCCGAGGAGGAUCCCUUCGUCAAGACUUUCAAGGAGUCUUGCGAGUUCACCAGUGGUUAUGGUGUUGCUUACAAGUCCAACGUCUUCACCUGGGACGAGACCCACCCCGCCCAGUCUCCUCUCUUCAACAUCCCUGGCGUGAAGCUGACCCCUGGUCGUGCUUUCACUCCCAGCACCGUCACCCGCUUGGCGGAUGCUAACUUCGUGGAGUUGGAACAAGAGAUCCCCGCCAACGGUGCCUUCCGUAUCUUCGUCUUCGCCGGUAAGCAGGCCAAGACCAACAAGGCCAUCGCGGACUUCGCCGCCAACCUGGAGAAGGAGCGCUCUUUCCUGUCGGUGUACCGCAGAAGCGACAUCGCCGAUGUUUCCUUCUUCGAGCGCCACCUCCCUCACUCCAAGCUCUUCUCCCUGUGUGUGAUCUAUGCCGACGAGAAGAACAAGGUGGACAUGGCGGCUGUGCCUAAGAUCCUGCGGGAUUACCACCACCACAUCUACGCCGACGACCUUCCCGACGUCCGGGUUCCUAACGCCAAGUUUGCGGCUCACGAGAAGCUUGGAUUUGACCCCGAGGUCGGUGGUGUUGUCGUCACUCGUCCUGACAGCCACAUUGCCUGCACUGUCCAAUUGGUGGAGGGCAGUGGCACGGUUGACGCCCUCAAUGCCUUCUUUGGCGCCUUCACGACGAAGCCGCUGGGUCAGGACCAGCAGGCUAGCCGGCUGUAAGGAUGGGCUUUUCGAAGAAGAUGUCUGUAAUUUAUCCUCGGAGAUCGGCCUCCCGAUUUGGGAUCUGAUGUAAAUAGGUUUCUUGUUUAUUUUUGCAGUUUCGGGUUUGUGCUAUUGCAGCGGUUGCGACCUGGCAUGUUUUGGCGUUGUUGUAUAUAUCUCGAGAAUUCUCAGUUUCAUUUCC